AUGUCAAGUCGAUCAAGUCGCCAAAGAUCAACUUCAUCUCAUGCUAAUUCUUCACCUUCUCAUUCGCCUUCACCUACCUCCUCUUCAAUACAAACAUCAUCAUCAUUUGUAAAUCCUUGGGUAAAAGAGGAACUUAUAGCAAUCCUCGAUUAUAUCAAUGAUAACAUUGCUGAUUGGCUAGCCCAUCCAAAACUUCUUUGCGAAAAAGCGAUACAACAAAAUAUAAUUGAACAAAGAAGCAUUCAGGCCGUUUAUCAAAAAGCUUAUAAUAGUAUAAACGCGAUGAGAAUAUGGUUAAAAAACAAAAAGAAAGGUCACGAAUCAAUUAUCUGGAGUGACACACAGGUGAAAGUGUUGUUGGAGGAAGUUACAAGGAAAAUUAUUAAGGAGGAAAUCGAGGAUGAACGUGAGGCAAACGAUGUCGAAUCAAUCGACUCGGAACAACAAGAGAGUUCGUCCGAAGAAAAGGAUAAGGAUAUAAAUUAUGAAGAGGAUAACGAGGAAGAGAUGGAUAACAAAGCAAAUGAGGUGAUGAAUAUUGACGAUUCUGAUGUUUUUCCUGAAACAGAUCCACCUUGUUUACCAUUCUCCAUUCCAAUGUUGGAUGAGAUGUAUAAAAUCAAAUUGAAAGAUAUCGACGAUAUGGAUAGCGAUGAAUCAAAGGAUUUGGCCAAAGAGGUUCUCAAUAAGAAGUAUAAAGAAAUCCUCGAAAUGAUCCGUAAUGUUUAUAUGAAACACGAAGAGAUUGUCCGCUUAAUCCAUAAAACUGAAAAUAAAAUAUUAGAGUUUAAUAACGAAGAUUGGUAUUAA